AAAAAAAAAAAAAACAAUAAAAAAUCAACAACUACUAUAAUAUCAUUGGUCGGCGUAUGAUUAAUAAUUUAUUCCGAACCGAGUAACAUGCGAUAAUGCGUAUACGCCCCAUUAAAAUUUAACAUUGGUUGGUAACGAUGACAUGGCAGAGUGACGUUAUUAAAUUCAAAAUAAAAACUUUAUCAAAUUAGUAACGAGAAGUUCUACAGAAAAUAUGGUCUUGUGCCAGAGAGCAAUCAACAUGUCAAUUGAAAAGAAAUGAUAAAAUAAAUUCCAAAGAAAAGGAAAAGUGUUAAAACGAAAAAAAGGAAAUUAAGUGAAACAAAUCGGAAAAUACCUAGAAUAAAAGUGAAUGUAAAGAAAAUAAUUUUUAAUUUGAAAAGAAAAAAUAAGAAAAACGCCACAAAAUGUCACAUUUCGCCACGAUAUUGGAAAAUAUUCGAAUGGUGGCAAUCAAGCGUAGCCCCGUUGCUCAACAGAAACAGGCCAGUCCUAAACAGCCACAACAAUGCCCGGUGGCAGUGGUUAGUGAUUCGGCAAAGGUAUGUGAUGGUGGCGGCGGGGGUGGUGAUGGGGUAGGAGGCAAUGAAAUGAACUCCACCUCAUCUCUUUCACAACAAGACAUUCCACAGGAAAAAACAAUGACCAACAAUCACCAACACAAUCAUCAUGGACAGCCGGCAACCAGCACCAAAUCAAACACAGCUGCAGCCAACAACAGUCAUCAGCAGCAGCAGCAGCAGCAGCAGCUGAAUUCGCAUAGCAAUGAAGAAACCCGGCCCAACGUCUCCUCCAGCAGUGCCACGGGCACUCCGGUUAAACAUCAACACAAACGACAAAGCAUAUCGGCACGCGGUUCAAUUGGUUCGGCGGAAACCAGUCGUAAUUCGCCCGGUCGGGAUCGAUCUAAUCGCAAUGCAAAUGUCAUCGUUGAAAUCGAUUCGAGUGGAGCCACCGUCAGUUCAAGAAACACAUCGUCCGGCGGCGGUAGUCGUGGCUCUCGUGAACUUUCUCCCACACCGAAAAAUCAACAACGUAAAAUGUCGACCGAUUUUCGUUCGCGGGCCGGUAGCUUCAUCCAUGUCGACGAGGAGGGCAGGAGCAUUUUGAUGCGUAAACCGGUGCGUUUGAAGAACAUCGAAGGACGCCCGGAGGUCUAUGAUACGCUGCACUUUAAGGGCAGGGAGAUUCUGGCCUGUUCGAAGGCGACCUGCAUGUCGAGUGUCAUGAACUUUGGCACUGCAGCGGUUGAGGCGCGUAAAGCCGAUGUUGUCCUGGACCAUGCCAAGGAUUUUCUGGAUCAAUAUUUUACCUCCAUUAAAAGAUUAUCCAGUGCUGCCCACGAGACACGUUGGAAGCAAGUGCGUCAGAGCAUCGAAACCAGUGGCCACUAUCAAUUGACCGAAACCGAAUUGAUUUAUGGUGCAAAGUUGGCCUGGCGUAACUCGUCGCGCUGUAUUGGUCGCAUUCAGUGGUCCAAGUUGCAGGUUUUCGAUUGCCGUUAUGUGACUACCACCAGCGGCAUGUUUGAGGCCAUUUGUAAUCAUAUCAAAUAUGCAACCAACAAGGGAAAUUUAAGGUCAGCUAUAACGAUAUUUCCCCAGCGCACCGAUGCCCGUCACGAUUAUCGCAUCUGGAACUCACAGCUCAUCUCGUAUGCCGGCUACAAACAACCGGAUGGCAAAAUUAUUGGCGACCCUUUGAAUGCCGAAUUUACGGAGGUUUGCCUUAAACUCGGUUGGAAAGGCAAAGGCACCGAAUGGGACAUUUUGCCGCUGGUCGUCUCAGCCAAUGGUCAUGAUCCAGACUAUUUCGAUUAUCCACCGGAAUUAAUUUUGGAAGUUCCAUUAAGUCAUCCAAAAUUCGAAUGGUUCGGUGAAAUGGGUCUGCGCUGGUAUGCCCUGCCCGCUGUCUCCGGAAUGCUGUUCGAUGUUGGUGGCAUUCAAUUUACGGCAACCGCAUUCAGUGGUUGGUACAUGUCCACCGAGAUUGGCUGUCGGAAUUUGUGCGAUGUAAAUCGGCGAAAUAUUUUGGAGACUGUGGCAUUGAAAAUGAAUUUGGAUACCCGCACGCCAACCUCUCUGUGGAAGGACAAGGCCUUGGUGGAAGUCAACAUCGCUGUGCUGCACUCGUUCCAGAGUCGUAAUGUGACCAUUGUGGACCAUCACACGGCCAGUGAGAGUUUCAUGAAACACUUUGAAAAUGAAUCGAAAUUGCGCAAUGGCUGUCCCGCCGAUUGGAUCUGGAUUGUGCCACCAAUGUCAGCAUCGAUAACACCCGUCUUUCAUCAGGAAAUGUCGCUGUACUAUUUACGGCCAUCCUUUGAGUAUCAGGAUCCCGCCUGGCGUACCCAUGUCUGGAAGAAGGGACGCGGUGAGGGCAAGAGCAAGAAGCCGAGACGUAAAUUUAAUUUCAAACAAAUUGCCAGGGCUGUGAAAUUUACAUCGAAAUUAUUUGGACGUGCUUUAUCGAAACGAAUCAAAGCAACAGUUUUGUAUGCAACCGAGACUGGGAAAUCCGAGCAGUAUGCCAAGCAAUUGUGCGAAUUAUUGGGGCAUGCAUUCAAUGCUCAGCUCUAUUGCAUGGCCGACUACGAUGUAUCUUCGAUUGAACACGAGGCUCUGCUAAUUGUGGUCGCCUCCACCUUUGGCAACGGUGAUCCGCCGGAAAAUGGAGAGCUUUUCUCCCAGGAUUUGUAUGCCAUGAGAGUUCAAGAAUCCGGUGAGAGUGGUCAGGAUUCCAGGUAA